AUUUGUGUGAUUAACCCUCUCGAUCAUCACAAGAAGCAGGCCAGGAAGUGUCGGUGAGGAUAAUUCAGAGCAUUCUUGUGCAAAAUAAAUGUUGUUGAUUUGUAGCAAAAGAGCAGCAGACAGAAAUUCUGCCAUUUCACACGAGCACGUUAUUCAGUGGAGAAAGGAUUUGAAACAAGUUUCUUGCCCUCUCCGCAAAUCCGCCUCUCUUCCAUAAAAGGCAUUCUCGUUGUUGAUGGAGGAAGGCAGUGCUUAAUAUUACCAGCGUUUCGUAAUGUCUUAUUACUACCAGAGGAAAAAAUUGCGUGAGACUGGCAGAAUACAUACGUAAUAAAUGCUCAAGCAGAUCAGAAGGUGCACAGAACAACAGGUAUUUUACAAUCAUGAAACUGAAUCUUCACAGACUUUCAGAUGCAACAACGGUGCGAAUACUGCUGCUCCUGCUCCUUGUACCACUACCAAUGCAGAGUACCACAUACAUAUCUACACAUAUAGUUGGUGGGUAAAAAACUUUGCAAAGGUUUAGUUCAAAAUUCGGCUUCAAAAACUUUUAAAUAAAUAUUGUUCUGCGUUCGACGAGUUGAGCAACUAUUUCGAGCUUCUAUAAAAAUAUUCUUUAAUUCGUCGUAUUUCGCAAUGGGGGUAAUUUCGUAGAAUUUUGGCAAGUGCAAGUGUAAGCUGGGUUGAGAGUGUCUUUGAGUGAAAUUUGUAAUGUUACGUUGAACUUAAUAGUGAACAUUACAUGCAAAUACCAAUGGUAUACCAUGGCAUCACCAUUACCCACUUAAAUAGUUGGAUAUGAAAAACUAGCACAUGCUAAAAAAUGUUCCUGUUAAUAACUGCAUGAAUUAUUCGGUGACAGCGAGUGAAUUGCCUGACAAUCUCUAAUGGCUGGUGAAAAAGAUCCUGAGGACAAACAAGUGCUGAUCGACAACAGUGACCCUGCUGAUCAUGCCGAGGAAUCUUCCACUCCAUCCUAUGCAGAAAUACCACUAACUGCUUCCCCGAUUAGCAAUAAGACCUCAGAACGUCUCGCAAAUCGCUUCGAGGGGGAGGGCAGCGAUUCGCCAGAAUUGUUCAAAACCUAUGAGGAUUUCGCCCUCGAGUACGAAGGAUUUCAGAGUAGAGUGACCUUCCAAACCUGCACUGGCCCCAACAACGACGCACCGCCUCCAUCCUGCUCCCCACCACUGGGAGGAGGAGGCGGAGGGAGUCGUGGGCUGUGCACUUAUGUGACGCGGAGAGUUGGGAGACUGAUUCGACCCGUGCAGAAGCUUGGUCAAUGGUGGAGAUUUCACAGGAAGCUUUUGAUAUCCUGCUUCCUCACCCUGCUCGGUUCUGCGGGUUGUCUCAUUUUCUUCCCCCUUCACCUUGAAAAUGUGAGUCGGGGGGUGGCGGGUGCUGGGGACGGCUACUCCGCCUGCCUCGCAGCCUCCACCGUCGUCACGCUCCUCUUUCUCUUCAACUCGGUCGUUCUGGAAGUGAUGGAGAGGCGGAAGCUCUUUUCGGAAAGCGUUCUGCGCCCAGUUGUGGGAUGGCGAAGCGCGCUCAAAGUCGGCUUCUGCCUCGGCCUCAGUUUUGUUACCAUUUUCUACUCGUGGGAAGAUGACAAGGUUCCCUGCAACUUUCAAGAUCCUCUCUUGGGACUGGUCAUCAUUUUCGCAAUCAUCACUCAUGCUGUUUGCAGAUGGAAAAGCAUUGGACUCAAACGUGCUUUUGCACUCUCAGCCGUUGCAGCAGGCGUAUUUCUAAGUGUGGACUAUCCUCUGGUGGACCACCACCGGUGUCGAGGUCACUACUAUCAAAAAACUGACAAAGAAACGUCAAUUACCUGGACGUGGCAAGUUCAUUUCGUGUGGACGAUGGCGUUCGUGGUCUCCAUUUGGCUGGCAACUAUCGCCGCAUUUUUCCUCGAAUCCUCAAUCCCCGUACCAAAAGUGAAACAUAGUCGUCUUUACGAUUUGGAGUACAAUGCCGUGAAGCUUCGAGUGAUGAGCAAAAAUGUGGGGAACGGGGGUACGAGUUCGGCGGAUGCUGCGACGGAUGUCUCCUGGCCUGGUGGAAAUUGUCUCAACUCUUUUUACCGUUUCAGUCCUUACGCACAGUUUAAUUUAGGGCUCAUUUCCAACGCUGUGCUUUGGUUCUCAGUGACCACGUGGGCCAUCAUCCUCUCACUCUUUUGGACAGAAUUUAUCCCUGGAUUUGGAAAGGGAAUCCGGGUGGAAAAGUUACCAGAUCGAAUAUUCGUCGCUUUUCAAACGUCACUGACCAACGAAUCGUCGUGGGCUUUGUUCGUGUCAGUCUUCACCUUCAGCCAUGCCUUUGCCUACGUGACGGUCUUGACACGAUCGCCAAUCACGGCCAUUUCCGUGUCCACGGUGGGAUUUCCCAUCAUUGGGCUCUGGUGGUCAUUCUUCCAAAUCAACCAUAGUUUUUUCGUCUGGAUGCCCGUGAUGAGUGGGGAGCUUAUCUGCGCCACCUUGGGACUCGUAUCCGUGUGUGCAGGAGUCUAUUACUUUGUCAAGUUUGAGAUCCUCAAGCCAGCCAGAGUUCACAAGACUAGGGUCGAUCAACACUACUGAUUGAUCGAUAAUGUAAAUAAAUACAUAGGUUAAUAAUAUAUGACACGCACAUAUACUUACUUACUUUUAAGCUGAUGGAUGUUCUGGUCAAACCGUGAUUUUGUAAUUAAUAAUACUUAUUAAUAAACUACAAAAUAACGAGUCGCACAGUAA